AUGGCCAACGACGCGCCUUUUCAAGCGACAAGCGGUGCGCUCAUUGUGCCGCCGCGCCCUGGCGAGCGCUCUCUGCGGCGUCAAGUAGUACUUGAAGAAGAAAAGUAUUCCGACGGACUUGCACGUAUUAUACAGCGGGAUUUCUUUCCAGAGUUGCCGCGUCUCCGUGCAGAAAAUGCGUAUUUUGCGGCUCUGGAGAGCGGCGACGACGAUGAGGUGUACGCUGCUGCGCGUAAUUUGGUACAGGAAGAGGAGCGUGCAGGCAUACUUGCAGAGCGCACAGCGCGUGGGGACGCGGGCGAGCCUAUGACGCCGAUGGACGUGGCCGAGACGCCACGCCAUGCGACGUUGACGCCCGUGCCGCCGACGCCGACGCCUGCGUGGGAUGCAGCCGCACCGCUGCACGAUACGCCCAUGCGUGCAGAGCAGAUUCCUGAACUGCGCCUCAACAUGACGCUGGACCAGUACCAAGCCCGCUAUACCUCCGAGGACAAUGCUUCUUUUGCACAGCUCAUGCAAGUGGCGCGCGAAAAGCGCCGUGCAAAGCACCAAUGGGCGUACAACGCGGAGAGUGAGGCAAGCGCUGCGCCUAUUGAAGCGGCACCACAUGCGGCGGCAUCCAACGCUCUUGUACACGUGCCCUGCGCAGAGAAAAAGGGCCAAACUUGUGGCGUCGCACCCGGCACAUGGCGCUUUAAGGCACGCAACUCGCUCAUGUAUGCGCCGGAUGCAGAUAAAGGCACGCUCGAGCGGCGCUCGAGCUCGCGCACAGUUGCACAAUCGCUUCCACGCGUACGCUAUGCAAACACGCGACUUGCUGAAACGAAAGAAGAGUCCACACCGUCGACGCCAAGUAGCAGCAUCAUGGACGCUGCAAUUCGCGGCACACCACAGGUCCAUGGCUAUGGGUAUGUCAGCCCAGUGGCAUCUGCACACGCAGAAAAUUUAGGCGAGCGCCGACUUGAGCAGUUGAUGACGUGGGGAACGGUAGCAGGUACGCCGCGCCAGCUUCGCCGCGCUUCGCCGCGCACCGAGACUGCUUCGUCGCACAUUGAAACGCCACGCACCGAGCACGGCUUUAAAGUACCUAAACUUCGCUCCACUCGCGCAAGCCGCCGCAGCGAUCUAAGCCCCGCCGCGCGUUCCCUCUAUGAACGCACGGCGAUGGGAAAGCGCACUUCUCUCUUCUCGCACCUUGCAAACAACACGCCAAGCUCACAGCGCUCUGCGGCAGAUGCGGAGCGCAGAGCGCGCAUUGCGACGCAGCAGUGGUCUCCCGUCCCAAGUCCUGUACCUAAACGCAAACCCUAG